AUGCCCGGCGGUAGCCUUGGCAACAUCGGCAGGGAUAUCGUAAUCGCCGAAGGCAAGGCAGGCAGGGUACGCGACGCAAGCGGUAACGAGUACGUGGAUUAUCUUCUCGGUUCAGGUCCCAUGCUCAUUGGCCACGCCCACCCGGAGGUCACUGAGGUCGUCCGCGAGCAGAUUGAGAAGGGUACGACCUUCUUCGCCAAUAACGAACAGGCUAUACUUCUUGCGGAAGAGUUGGUUAGCGCGGUAGCUUGCGCCGACAAGGUGCGCUUCACCAGCAGCGGCACGGAAGCUACAUUCUAUGCUCUGAGGACUGCGCGCGCUUACAGAGGUCGCGACAAGAUUCUGAAGUUCGAAGGCGGCUUCCACGGCAUGCACGACUACGCCCUGAUGAGCAUGUCGCCCGCCAACCCGCACGACUUCCCCCGCCCAACUCCCGACUCCGCUGGCAUACCCCGUUCCAUUCAGGACGAAGUCCUGAUUGCGCCCUUCAACGACCUUGAAACCGCAACUGCGAUAAUCGAGGAGCAUCACGGCGAACUCGGCGCAGUGAUUGUCGAGCCGUUCCAACGACUACUGCCGCCAAAGCCCGGCUUCCUGCAGGGCUUGCGCGAUGUAACCGCUCAGUACGGUGUCCCAUUGAUCUUCGACGAGGUGGUGACGGGAUUCCGCUUCGCUUACGGCGGGGCGCAGGAAUUCUACGGCGUCGAGCCCGACAUGUGCUCGCUCGGCAAGGUUAUCGCUGGCGGAUUCCCAUUGGCAGCCGUUGCGGGCAAGGAAGAAAUGAUGUCGCAUUUUGAUGCUUCAUCCACGGAGGCAGACGCCUAUCUCCCACAGAUAGGCACACUCAGCGGCAACCCAGUCGCGUCUGCCGCCGGUCUCAAGACACUUGAAAUUCUCCGGCGCGAAGGCACUUACGAGCGCAUAUUCGCUACGGGCAAUCGCCUCAGGAAUGAACUCCAGCGCAUGCUCAGCGAAGCCGAGCUUCCCGCCAGAGUCGUCGGCGAAGCGCCACUAUUUGACGUCUUCUUUACGGAGCAGGAAAUUACUGACUACCGAUCUACUCUGCUCGCGGACAAGCAGAUGCUUGGGCGAUUCAAUGAACUCUUGCUCGCGCGCGGCGUUCUGAAAGGCGACACCAAGUUCUAUGUCUCCCUCGCUCACGACUCGGCCGAUGUUCAGCACACCCUCGAUGCUUUCGCCUCGGCCAUUGAAGAGUUGAAGAGCUAA